UUAAAAUCAUAUACAACUGUACUCCAUCUAAAUAGAAUAGAGUUGCCAUAGUUAAUGAAGGAAUUAGAUGCAAAAAUGUUCCAUUUAUGUCUGAUCUCAAAAAUCGUAAAUAUUCAACAAAAGAUAUCGAAGCCUCUGCCAGAGUACAUUUCUCAUUAAUCUUAGAAAAUCAAAAAAUCUGGAUGCUACAAGAGUACCUUAUAUAAAUUUAGAUAUGAUGUGGUACCAGAAUACAACCUAUGGACUUUCAGAGAUAACAUGUCAACAUUCUAUUUCCCAUAUGAUAAUGCAGAAAUAUCAGCAGCACCAAAAUGA